GGCUGUUUGAUGAGAACAGGAUCAGCAUGUCGCUGAUCCACAAAGUUGCUGUCGUGAUUUUUGUCCUGAAGUUCCAUUAUUGUCAGAAGUGUGUCAAUGAGAAAGUCGGACCGUUACCCGCUUUCGAUAAUGUGGAAGUGCGCGAGUACGUAUUGUGGGAGGUUUCUUUAGGGAAACUGGAUUGUUUAGGAAAAUGUUUCCAUGAUGUUCGUUGUCACAGUUUCCAGACUCUGGGUUCUUCUGGAAGGUGCACAGGCCAUGCUACAGCGUUUGCCAGUCCGGACAAGAUCUACUCACCCACCCUUGCUUCCCCUGGAACAAGGAUGUAUCUACUGCCUCGAGCUUCCGACUUCGUUGGCAGUGCUUGUACAAGUAAUGGCGACUGCAGUCUUGAACACACCUAUUGCAAUGAAGGAGUUUGCAACUGUCAACCCGGCAUCAUGUUCUCAGUAGGGAGGAGUGCGUGUGUCACAGACUGCACCGAUUGGGGAUACGACGCCGUCCGCUAUUUAGAUCGUUCCAUUGGUGGUUAUAACGAUGAUCACGUUUCCGGCGUCACCGAGGCAGCUUGCCGAAAAUCUUCAUGUGGCAACUUUGGACUUAUGUAA